CCUUUCAUCAAAAUCACUGCUCUCUGUGAUUCAUAACCUCCAUUGCUCACAAUUCUACUCUUCCUUCCGGAGUCAUUUGAGAAUUCCUCUCCAAACAGAACAUCUCCACAUGAUUAUAAUCAAUAGAAGUUUGCCUCACAACGCUUCUUCUGCUUCUGAAAUGGACUCGUUGGACCAGCUUUAGCUUAGCUCCAAAACAAAAAGCUUUCCUGUACCUCCAAUCUCUCGCCUUUUGUCAUUUUUACACUGAGAUUACAGCAUGAAACUGGUUUUGCUUGUAUUUCUUUUCAUCUGUUUUGACAUCUUAGCAAUUGGAGUCUGCAAGAGCAACUCUUCGAGACCUGAUACUGUGAAAAUAGGAGCUAUUUUAACUUUCAACUCAAGCAUUGGGAGGGUUGCUAAGGUUGCCAUUGAUGCUGCAGUGAAUGAUGUUAACUCUGAUCCAAAUGUUCUUCGAGGGACAAGACUAGUUGUUCAUCAACAAGACUCAUAUUGUAAUGGAUUCAUUGCCAUCGUGGAAGCUUUGCAGUUCAUGGAGACUGAUAUUGUUGCAAUAAUUGGCCCACAGUCCUCUGUGGUUGCUCAUGUUAUUACUCAUGUGGCAAAUGAGCUCAAAGUGCCACUGCUUUCAUUUUCAGCCACGGAUCCGACGCUUUCUUCUCUUCAAUAUCCAUUCUUUGUUAGGACAACACAAAGUGAUGCAUUUCAAAUGGCUGCUGUGGCUGAAUUGGUUGAUUAUUUUCAGUGGAGGCAGGUUAUUGUCAUCUUUAUAGAUGAUGAUUAUGGAAGAAAUGGUGUAGCUGCCUUGAGUGAUAAGCUCGCAGAAAAGCGUGCUAAGAUCUCCUACAAAGCCGCAUUGCCAUCGGAGCCUGAUAGGAGUGACAUCUCUGAUUUGCUUGUGAGGGUUGCUCUAAUGGAGUCACGCGUAAUUGUUCUUCAUGCGAAUCCAGAUUCCGGUCUCAAAGUUUUGAAAGAGGCUCAUUAUCUUGGAAUGACCAUAACAGGAUAUGCUUGGAUAGCAACAGACUGGCUUUCUUCUCUUUUAGAUUCACAUUCUCCUCUAGAUUCUGAAAUCAUGGACACCAUGCAAGGUGUGAUUUCCCUACGACAACACACCGCUGACACCAAGAGGAAAAAAAGUCUCCUCUCAAAGUGGAGCAAAUUUAAAAUGGAUGAUAAUGAUAUAAAUUUUGGACUCAAUUCAUAUGGCCUAUGUGCUUAUGAUUCAGUCUGGAUGGUUGCACAUGCAUUGGAUGCUUUUUUUGAUGAUGGUGGAGCCAUUGAAUUUUAUAAUGAUUCAAGAUUGCAAGUUGCUGAUGGUGGAACACUAAAUCUGGAAGCAUUAAGUGUUUUUGGUAAGGGAAAUCUUUUGCUGAGGAAGAUUCAAAGUACAGUUUUUGAUGGUGUUACAGGCCCUUUCGAGCUCGAUUUUGAUGGAAAUCUUAUUCAUCCUGCUUAUGAUAUCCUUAAUAUUGUGGGAACUGGCUCAAGGAGCAUAGGGUACUGGUCCAACUAUUCUGGUUUGUCUACUGAGACUCCUGAAAUACUAUAUCUGAAGCCACCAAAUCUUUCCAGUAUAAAUCAAAAACUUUAUGAUGUUAUAUGGCCGGUCAGACUACAACAAACCACCGGUGGGUGGGUGUUCCUAAAUAUGUCAGGCACGGUGAGAAUUGGAGUGCCCAACAGAUUUAGUUACCCAGAAUUUGUCUCAGAGGGGAAAGGUUCUGACACAAUGAAGGGUUACUGCAUAGAUGUUUUCACUGCUGCAGUAAAUCUUUUGCCUUACCCUAUUGGUACAGAUCUCAUACUUGGGAAUGGACUUGUCAAUCCAAAUUACACAGAGCUUGUUGAGAAAGUUUCGUCAAAUGAUUAUUUGACGCUGCUGAGUGGGGACAUAGCGAUUAAUACAGAUAGGACAAGGAUUGCUGAUUUCACGCAGCCUUUUAUUGAAUCUGGGCUUGUCAUACUAACUACUGUUAAGGAACAUGACUCGAGUGCUUGGGCUUUCUUACAGCCAUUUACUUUGGAGAUGUGGUGUGUUACAGGAUUAUUUUUCCUCUUUGUAGGAGCUGUGAUAUGGAUACUAGAGCAUAGAAUCAAUGAUGAAUUUCGUGGCCCUCCGAGGAAACAACUAGUCACCAUUUUCUGGUUCAGCUUCUCAACUUUGUUUUUGGCCCAUAAAGAACCAACGGUCAGUACUUUAGGUCGCUUUGUUCUCAUAAUAUGGCUGUUCGUGGUUUUAAUAGUUCAAUCUAGCUAUACUGCCAGCUUGACUUCAAUCCUGACUGUUCGGCAACUCACAUCACCUAUAACUGGGAUUGAUAGCUUAAUAAAUAGCAACGAUCCCAUUGGUUAUCAGGUUGGUUCAUUUGCUGGAAAGUAUCUAGUUGAAGAACUUAGAAUAUCAAGUUCUAGAUUGAAAGUUCUUCACAACCCAGAUGAAUAUGCUGCAGCACUUAAACUUGGACCAGACAAUGGAGGUGUUGCAGCUGUAUUGGAUGAGCGUCCUUAUGUUGAACUAUUUUUGUCAACCAAGUGCAGUUUUGCUAUGGUUGGCGCAGAAUUCACUAGAGGCGGUUGGGGCUUUGUGAGUUAUCUUUUCAGAACUAAAUACAUAUACACCUUCCAUAUGUGCCUUCACAUCUUGAUCAUUCAUACCUACAAUGAGCUGCACAAACCCGCAUGCACCAAUAUAUCUGCAGUCUUUCAACAAGAGUAAAACUGAUUAUGGGCCGCUGAUGAUGUUGUUCUUGAUUUAGGCUUUGUUUGGGACGGAUUUCUUAUUGCUUCUUAAAGUAGCUUUUUUGUACAAAAAUUUUAAUUUUUGUUUUAAGAAGCAGUAAGAAAGUCAUCCCAAACAAACCCUUAGUCCCUCCAUCUCUCAAAACUGCCUUUGAAUUGAUUGUUUUCUCCUUGAAUUCUGUCAGUUGAAUAAGAGAGUAUUGAACUAGCUUUAGAGAGAGAAUUGCAGAGAAAAAACAGUGGUAGGAUUGGAUUUGUGAGAACCUAGUGAAUUGGCCCUCAGUACUCCUAGGGAACUAAAAUUUUGGUGUGAUUGAUAAGGAGGCAAAAACCAAUAAGUGCUAAUUCGGGAAGAAGGGGAAUCCUGAGAAGAGGAUUUCUCGUUCUUUAAAAGGUGUGAGAGAGGAGGUGGGACAUUAAGAGGAAUAACUUUGUUGAGAUUGUAAAAAUUCCUCUUUCAGCAAGCCCAUUUUGAGACAAUGCAUGCAUCUCAAAGCAAUUUAAAAGUAUUGGGUCUUGUACAUAAUCUUACUUUUUUUUUUAUAUACAUAAUCUUACUUGAUUCACCCUAAUUGAUGACUAAACAAACUCAGAAUGGUAUGUCAACUCCAAAUAAGACUCCAUGAGUUGCAUUAAGUCUACCACACUUUAAUCUCUUGAAUAUGAUCCAUAAUGCCUUGAUUCACUUGACCUUGGCUUGGCCUUUCUUUUUAUGUGUUCAACUAUAUGUUGUAGUGUUGACCUCUGUAUCGAGAAAACAAAAGAAAAUAUAUAUAUAUAUAAAAUCCUACCUACCCGUCCGGCCACGAACCCGUCGUCAAUACGACGUGCUACGCACAGUUUACGCACGACUCGAUGUCACCUCACACACGAUCCCUCUCGGCGUUAAAGAAGAGACCGAAGCCGCUUCUUCGGCCUCUACACGGUGGUCCGACUUUCCUCCUGCGAUUUUCCUUCCCUGUCCGAGCGAAAGUCACCACAGUUUGAUCGGAAGCAACAAUCGGGGCUCGCUUGCUGUGGAGGACCGAAAAUUACGACAUUUUGAUCGAAAGUAACGAACGGGAGUUCGCUGGCUGUCAAGGGAUCGGAAGCAAGAUCGGGAGCUCGCCUGUGAAGGUAACUCUCUCCCCGUCAAGCGCUUCUCUGGCUCUUCUGUGGUCGAUCGACUUGUCUCCCUCGACGACAUUCCUUCCCGUCGGUCCAAAAGUUACUACAGUUUGAUCGGAAGCAAAACAGGAGCUCGUUUGCUGUGGAAGUUAACUUUCUCCCUUCUGCCACUUCUCCGCAUCCUUCGUGGCUUGUUCAACUUCGCCCUUCGACGGCUUGCCCUCCCUGCCGAAUCGGAAGUCACAACAUUUGGAUCGGAAGUUGCAAACGGGAGCUUGCUCGGUGUGAUCCCCCGUGGCCGCUCGACUUUGCUCCCACCGAGUGGUUUUGCCGCCAAAUGGCACCACGAUAUACCGGUUUUGGCCAGCGUCGUUACGUUCCUUAUUAGCAUCAAAUCCUUGAGAUAUGAAUCAAUAGGAUAUGAUUGAUAUGGCACAAAGCCCUCUGUUAGCUAAGGUGGAUUCAAAUUAGUCCCCUUAGACAAACAUUCAACCCAGGUC